AUGGUGGCAGACCCACGAUUAAGUGACAAGGAACUUGCUGCUAUCAAUGCGGCAGCGGUGACGCGGGAGUACCUUGUGAAACCACACUUGGAUUACCGAACAGUAUCAGCGAUCAAUGGGCCGCUGGUUGUGCUGGACAAUGUCAAAUUCCCUUCCUACAAUGAGAUCGUUCAGCUCACUCUGCCGGACGGAUCGAAACGUGGUGGCCAAGUUCUCGAGGUUCAGGGCAAGAAAGCGAUCGUACAGGUGUUCGAAGGGACGUCUGGAGUCGACGUGAAGGCAACACACGUCGAAUUCACCGGAAGCAGCAUGAAGCUCCCCGUGGCGGAGGACAUGCUGGGUCGGAUAUUCAAUGGAUCUGGUCUGCCCAUUGACCAGGGUCCGAAGGUGUUUGCGGAAGAUUACUUGGACAUUAACGGCUCUCCUAUCAACCCAUACUCUCGUAUAUACCCCGAAGAAAUGAUCCAGACCGGCAUUUCAACGAUUGAUACAAUGAACUCUAUUGCUCGUGGGCAGAAAAUUCCCAUAUUCUCCGCUGCCGGUCUUCCUCACAAUGAGAUUGCUGCGCAAAUCGUGCGUCAAGCUGGCCUCGUGAAGCGUCCAACGAAAGAUGUGCACGACGGCCACGAAGACAACUUCUCGGUGGUGUUUGCUGCGAUGGGUGUCAACAUGGAAACCGCGCGAUUCUUCAAGCAAGAUUUCGAGGAGAAUGGCAGUCUCGACAGAGUCACGCUGUUCCUGAACCUCGCAAACGAUCCAACCAUCGAGCGUAUUAUUACGCCUCGCUUAGCCCUCACCACCGCAGAAUACUACGCCUACCAGCUUGAGAAGCACGUCCUGGUCAUUCUGACGGACAUGUCGUCAUAUGCGGACGCGCUGCGCGAGGUUUCCGCCGCACGAGAAGAAGUUCCUGGUCGCCGCGGAUACCCUGGCUACAUGUAUACGGAUUUGUCCACGAUCUACGAGCGUGCUGGUCGCGUGGAGGGUCGGAACGGUUCAAUUACCCAGAUUCCUAUUCUUACCAUGCCAAACGACGAUAUCACCCACCCGAUCCCGGAUUUGACAGGUUAUAUCACGGAGGGCCAAAUCUUCGUCGAUCGUCAGUUGCAUAAUAGGCAGAUCUAUCCGCCCAUCAACGUGCUCCCCUCGCUGUCUCGUCUCAUGAAGAGCGCUAUCGGUGAGAAACUUACGAGAAAGGACCACGGUGAUGUCUCGAACCAGCUGUAUGCGAAAUAUGCCAUUGGUCGAGACGCGGCUGCGAUGAAGGCUGUCGUCGGUGAGGAGGCUCUGUCGGCUGAAGACAAGUUGGCGCUGGAGUUCCUGGACAAAUUCGAGCGCCAGUUCGUUGGACAAGGUGCUUACGAAUCGCGGACAAUUUUCGAGUCGUUGGACCUGGCCUGGAGUCUCCUUCGCAUUUUCCCGAAGGAGCAGCUCAAUCGUAUAAGCCCAAAGAUCAUCGCAGAGUUCUACGGGCGUAAGCCGAGGAAGCCGACGGAAGAUGCGCUGGCGGGCGACGGCGCGGACGCAAAGUUAAUUGACGUUUAG